UGUUACAAGUGUGCAUUUGUCACGCCUCACUAAUUCAUAAAAAAAUAGCCUAAAAAGAUAUCCCGUGAAGGACAAGCAUUACUGCCAUUCUCUGUCACCUAACCUUCUCUCUCCCUCUGUCUCUCUCGGUGAGUCUGAGGCCAGACAGGAAUAAUGGGGCAGCAGAGCUCGGAAGCUCCACUCCUGGGCAGUCAUGGUUUGGCCAAUAAGAGCAAAAAGACUACCGGUCCUCUCUGGCUCCUCCUGUUUACGUUUCUAGCCAUCAUCAUCUUUGUAGGCCUUAUAUUCGGAGGGGACACAAAUGGCUGGUUACUUGAAGGAUCAAACAAACACAAUGAUGGGAAAUUUGGAGGCAAUGAAUCUGACGUAGUUGAGUCAGAAAAUGGAGUUGUUGCUGCAGAUGAUGCAAGGUGUUCCGAAAUCGGAGCAUCAACGCUCAGGCAGGGAGGGCAUGCUGUUGAUGCAGCAGUGGCAACUGCAUUGUGCCUUGGUGUUGUUAAUUCCAUGGCAAGUGGGAUAGGAGGUGGAGCUUUCAUGCUUGUGAGAUCUUCAGCAACCUCCCAAACCCAAGCGUUUGAUAUGAGGGAAACUGCCCCAUUAGCUGCUUCACAGAACAUGUAUGAGAGCAAUCCGAAAGCCAAGGUUGAAGGUGCAUUGUCAAUGGGAGUUCCGGGUGAGAUAGCCGGUCUCCAUGAAGCUUGGUUGCAACACGGGCGUAUCGCUUGGAGGACUUUAUUUCAACCUGCAAUAAAACUAGCUAGAGAUGGAUAUGUUGUUGCUCCUUAUCUGGGACGAUAUCUAAGUGCAUUAAGAGAUGAUAUUUUAAGUGAUCCUGGCUUAAGGCAAGUGUUUGCACCAAAUGGGAAGAUGUUAAAGGAAGGCGAUACAUGCUACAAUGUGGAACUUGGCCGGAGCUUAGAGGCGGUGGCGGAACUUGGGCCGCAAGCAUUCUAUAACGGCACUCUUGGCGAGAAAUUAGUCAAGGAUGUGAGAGAGGCUGGUGGGAUCUUGACAAUGGAGGAUCUGAGGAAUUACAAGGUGAAUGUUGUGGAUGCAGUGGCUGCGAAUGUGAUGGGCUACACAAUUUUUGGAAUGCCUCCUCCUUCGAGUGGAACAUUGGGGCUCUCUUUGGUUCUGAACAUUUUCAACAGCUAUGGAACUUCAGAUGCUGCAAAAGGAGAUCUUGGUCUACACCGCUUGAUUGAAGCGUUGAAACACAUGUUUGCAAUCCGAAUGAACUUGGGCGACCCUGCGUUCGUAGAUACAACUAAAUACGCCUCUGCUAUGCUUUCCCCAUCAUUCGCAAAGAAAAUUCGGAAGAAGAUAUUUGACAACACGACUUUCCCUCCUGAGUACUAUCUGCACAGGUGGAGUCAGCUCAGAGAUCAUGGAACAAGUCAUUUCUGCAUAGUAGAUGCAGACAGAAAUGCAGUUUCGGUUACUAGCACCGUAAAUUACCCUUUUGGAGCUGGAGUGCUUUCUCCUUCUACCGGAAUUCUGCUCAACAACGAGAUGGGUGACUUUUCAACCCCAACGGAUAUAUCCCCCGACCAUCUCCCUCCUGCUCCGGCAAAUUUUAUCGAACCAAACAAGAGGCCUUUAUCUUCCAUGACUCCGCUUAUUAUCACAAAGGACAAUCAGUUGGCCGGGGUUCUUGGCGGCAGUGGCGGAAUGAACAUAAUUCCAGCAGUAACCCAGGUUUUCGUUAAUCAUUUCGUGUUAGGGAUGGACCCGUUAGAUGCAGUUCAAAGUCCAAGGAUCUACCACAGGCUGAUACCGAACAUAGUUUGCUACGAGAACAUGACAGUCAUAGAUGGCGAUCACAUCGAGCUUUCAGACGAAAGAAAGCUGUUCUUGCAACAGCGGGGUCAUCAGUUACAGGCUCAGGCAGGGGGAGCCAUCACUCAGCUCAUUGUCCAAACCCUUCAAAAUCCUGCAAACAUAGGCCGGAAAGGCGGAAAGAAUUCUAACGAACAAAUAUUUCACGGUAGGCUCACCGCUGUAAGUGACCCGAGAAAGGACGGGAAGCCUGCAGCUGUAUGAUUGCAAGUUUCUGUAGAUUAGGAAGGAGAGUGCCUUGUGGGAUAUUUAGUCUUGCUGUGCAGAUUUAUUCGUACGUAGAAAGACAUCAUGUGUAGCUUAGGUUGUGCUUCCUCAGACAUCAACAAGAUCAAAUGUUACAUAAAUUUCCACAAUGUUCUA